AGAGAGAGAGAGAGAAGAGAAGAGAAGAAUAAUUCUAUUUUAUUGCAGUAUGCUGUAUUUAAAUUACCUAUAGAAAAUGAAUUGGAGUCAACUGUUUAUGCAAUGCCAGCAUGUACUGCGUGGCUGGAGGAUAUAACUAUAAAAGUGUCUGCAAAAGAUGGCAAACAAGUUACAUUUGCAGCUUUAUGCAAAUGGCCUCCAGACGAAUUAAAACUAAGUGACUAUUUAGAAAAAAGAAAGAAACCAACUGUGAAUUGGAUUACAUAUGAAAAUGUUAAAAUUUUGAAGUUUUGUAGGAAGUAUUAUAUUUUGUUCUGACAAGGAUGGAAACAUUAAGCACCAACGAAUUGUAACUAGAAGAUACAAUCCUCCUUUGAUUUUAACAUCAAUGAAUCGAAGAAAACAUACUAUAUAUUCUUCUGAUUCAGACAGUGAUAUUGAGUUACAAGCACCAAUUGUAAAAGGCUUAAAGAUAAAUACAAAUAAGAAGGAAAAGACAUCACAAUUUUCACAUCCUGAUGACACUUGCAACAAUAAUUAUACAAAUCAAGCAUAAAAUGUGUCUCUUUUCAAGUCACAGGGAUCUCAAAUUUCAGAUGAUAUAUGUCUUACAUAUUCAUCUAUUGAUGAAAGUAUUAAUGAAAAUAUAAACCCUAAUCUUUCAAAGAAAAAUAAGUGUAACGUUCUAAAGGAUUUACAAACAAACAGGCAAGACAACAUAGUAAGAGAAUAUGACAAUGUGACGAUCCUGGUUUCUAUAAAAUAACACGAGACAAACGUACGUUUCCUGUAAACUCUCAUAACAAAUCACAUGUCACAAUAAAUUCCGGUUUAAGCGAAAAGUCUAUAAUGGCAGCAAUAAGUGAUUUACGAAACCGUAUUGAUAAAUUACAAGGAAUGGUGACACAAAUUUAUAUUGCUACAUGCCAUCCUGCAGAAACAUUAGACAAUUCUAUCGGGAUUCCAACUCUACCGGUGAUUUCUAUGGAAGAUUUCUGCGUAUGGGAAGAUUUCAUAUUGCAGGAGGAGAAAAAAUUGAUUAUGAUUCGACAAUUAAUAGAACAUUGCACGGAAAAUUUAAAAGGCUCUAUAUAUUGCAUAAUGCGCAAACUUAUGACAAACAAAGUCGCAGUUAACUUCAAUUUGAAGGGAACAAACAGAGAAGGAGCAAGAUAUGGAAAAAAAAAAUUUCAAAGCACAACAUCUUACAUUCUUGUUAUUGCUAUUGUGAAGAAACAUGCACAAGAAAGGAUAGAUAGAGGCCUUCAAUUCACAUAUAACAGAGAAAUUGCUGAUUUACAUAUUACAAAUUGGUUAAAAGACGCAAAAAAACGUCUCGAAAAUGAAUUACUUCGAUUACGGAAAAGCGGGCAACAAGACGAACAAGAAGAAAAUGAAACUGCGUAAAAAACUUCAAAUAGUUUGCUUGUAACAUUUUCUUUAAGGCUUUUGGUUAUUUUAUGCUUUUAAGUUCCAUAUGUACACUUAUAUAGAACAAAUAUCCAAAAAACCUUUCAGCGAUAUAUUGUAAAUAUCGUAAUAUCUGUAGAAUAUCCCUCAGAUGUAUUUUAGACAUUUGUUUUAUAUAGGUAUUGAUAGUUUAUAACAUUUUCUUUAAGACUUUUGAUUGUUUCAAUAUAUUUUAGUUUCAUAUGUUUGUAUAUCUAUACAUAACAAAUAUCCAAAAUACAUUCUCUAUACAUAUUGCAAUAUCUAUGGGAUAUCUCUAAGAUGUACUUUGGACAUUUAUUCUGUAUGAGUAU